GGUGGGGGCGGAGCUGGAGCCCGGCGGCAGCGGCGGCAGCACUGGUGGCAUGUGAGGGGCUCUCUUGCCAAGAAGGCAGCUCACAGCUCGGGGGCCCUCACAGGGGCAGAGGCACCGUCCCUUUCUGCAAGGACUCCAGCGUGGGUGGAUGCCAGAGGUCUCUGGAACAACACUUGUUACAGGCAGUGGGAGAGGCUCCGAACUAGUGCCUGCGUCCUGGUGGCAAAGACAGUAGCUCCACACGCGGCAGGCUCCUAGAAAUACUGAUUUUCCAGCGCUCCCCCAAUGCGGGAUCAGGGAUGGACCCCACCUCACCCCUGUGAAGAGACCUUUCGUUCUCUCAACAAGCCAAAGGGAAUUCCUCUUCCUGGCCACGCAGGAGUCACCCUGCAACAAGACUUGUUUGGUGGGCCCCAGGGGGAAUCCCUGUUCACACAGCUGCCUUGUUACAGUGCCACUCACAGACCCUCUAAGAACUCACCCUCCAUGUUCCAGCUGCUCUGAGCCCCAGAGCCCAAGCUGCUCAGUCUCACCUGACUGUCCUCUUGCCUGUUUCCCUCGUAUUCCUCCUCCCGCGGGCUGCUAGAAAAGGAUGUGAACUUUGGAAUGGAGUCUGUGACCAGCUGGGGACUCGGAGCAUGCAUGGGACUGUUGCUGAGUAGCAGGAGGACUGGCUGAUCACUGUGGACAGCCCUUCUCUCCUGGCCCCAGGGUCGCAGGGCGUUGGCCUUGCCCGGACCCUCCAUUAUGUUCCUCCUGCUCCCCUUUGACAGCCUGGUUGUUAACCUGCUGGGAAUCUCCCUGACCGUCCUCUUCACACUGCUUCUGGUUUUCAUCAUUGUGCCAGCCAUUUUUGGGGUCUCCUUUGGCAUCCGCAGGAUUUACAUGAAAACACUCUUAAAGAUUUUCCGGUGGGCGACGCUGAGGAUAGAGCGUGGCGCCAAGGAGAAGAACCACCCACUGUACAAGCCCUAUGUAAAUGGUAUCAUUGCAAAGGAGCCCACGUCCCUGGAGGAGGAGAUCAAAGAGAUCCGCCGGAGCGGCAGCAGCAAAGCCCUGGACACACCUGAGUUCGAGCUCUCUGACAUCUUCUACUUCUGCCGCAAGGGCAUCGAGACCAUCAUGGACGACGAGGUGACCAAGCGGUUCUCAGCUGAGGAGCUGGAGUCUUGGAACUUGCUUAGCCGGACCAACUACAACUUCCAGUACAUCAGCCUGCGCCUCACUGUGCUGUGGGGGCUGGGUGUGCUCAUCCGGUACGGCUUCCUGCUGCCACUCAGGAUUGCCCUGGCCUUCACAGGCAUCAGCUUGUUGGUGGUUGGCACCACAGUGGUGGGAUAUUUGCCCAAUGGAAGGUGGAAGGAGUUCCUGAGCAAGCACGUUCACCUGAUGUGUUACCGGAUCUGCGUGCGUGCCCUCACCGCCAUCAUCACCUACCAUGACCAGGAAAACAGACCCCAAAAUGGAGGCAUCUGCGUGGCUAAUCACACCUCCCCCAUUGACGUGAUCAUCCUGGCCAGCGAUGGCUACUACGCUAUGGUGGGUCAGAUCCACGGGGGGCUCAUGGGUGUGAUCCAGAGGGCCGUGGUGAAGGCGUGUCCCCAUGUCUGGUUCGAACGCUCUGAAGUCAAAGAUCGCCACCUCGUGGCCAAAAGGCUGACAGAGCACGUCCAGGACAAGAGCAAACUGCCAAUCCUCAUCUUCCCGGAAGGCACCUGCAUCAACAACACGUCUGUGAUGAUGUUCAAGAAGGGAAGCUUUGAAAUUGGAGCCACAGUCUACCCGGUAGCCAUCAAGUAUGACCCGCAGUUUGGAGAUGCCUUUUGGAACAGCAGCAAGUACGGAAUGGUGACCUACCUGCUGAGGAUGAUGACCAGCUGGGCCAUCGUCUGCAGCGUCUGGUACCUGCCCCCCAUGACCAGGCAGCCUGAAGAGGAUGCUGUCCAGUUUGCCAACCGGGUGAAGUCAGCAAUUGCCAGGCAGGGAGGCCUUGUGGAUCUGCUGUGGGACGGGGGCCUGAAGAGGGAGAAAGUGAAGGACACGUUCAAGGAGGAGCAGCAGAAACUCUACAGCAAGACGAUCGUUGGCAACCAUGAGGACCGGAGCCGCUCCUGAGCUCUCUGCCUGCACGCUGUCCCCGGGCCCAUCCGGAGCGCUCUGCCUCCAGUGCUGCCCCGGGCCCCUCUGGAGCCACGUUGUAUCCUGGGCCUCAGGCUGCUCCAGAGCUGCUCAGCCCACUCCUCCAUCCUCUGGCUCUGCCCCAGAGACACUUCGCUGCCUGGAGCCUGCAGGCCCUGAGUGGCUGCUGGCAAAGAUGCCUUCUUGUUACUGUUACAGCUCAGCCCGUUGCAGGGCCAGCAUUAAAUGGAACACUGACA